UUUUCUAAACGAAAAUUUUGAAACCGCCUUUGACGAACCGCCAAAAGUCCGAACCCAAAACUAAAAGGGAAAGCGAAACUGCUGUUCGAUUCUAGUCCGAGUCCUAUAUAUAUAACAACCAACCUAACCCUGCUUCUUUCGUUUCUAAUCAAAUCUCUCUUCCUUUUCCUUUUCACAUAUUAUUACAAAAAACAUAGGAACCAGCAAAAACUCAAAUUCAUAGUACAAUUUUUUGUUUGUUUGUUUGUUUGUUUGUUAGUUAUUUAUUGAAGCUCAAAGUAUUAGUAAUAAUAAGGAAGGUAGUGAUGGUUGUAAAUAAUGGGAGGUUGAAGAGGAUGAGGAGUAGUGUUAAUUGUAGAAGAAGAGUCACCGCUGACCUCCCUGACUUGUUUGAUUUUCGGGCAGCCUGUGACGCCGUUGGUGUGGCUCCGUUCAGGUCGAGCGUCCGGUGUUUCCUGGAAAGGCACGCCCGCCCCACCUUCACUCCCUCCCUCUUCCCAUGCCUGAUGAAGUGGCAGAUCCUCUUCCGCAUCGGGGAUCUGGUCGUCGGCGAUGGAGAUCCCGCCGUCAUUGCCCUCGACAUCGUGGAGGAGGACGUCACCAGAUCCACAUCCAGAUCCGUCUACUGCGACCAAUGUCGAGUCGUUGGUUGGAGUGGACAUCCGGUGUGCCGAAAACGAUAUCAUUUCAUUAUUCGGAGGAGUAAUGGCAAUGGCAAUAGCAAUAGCAAUGGCCAACCAGUACAACAACAAUUAGAAGAAGAAAAAGGGGUAGGAAGCAGGGGACAUCACAAGGCUUGCACAAUGUGUGGCAAUCUGCUGCAUCCGUUGGAUUCAAGGAAUAGGUGUAAGUCAUGCAACUAUUUGAUACCGGCCGAUGAAGAUGAUGAUGAUCUUGUGGAGGAGGACCAGGUGUACCUUCAACUUGAGGAUACAAGUCAUCUCUUGCAUGGUGUGGUUCACUCAAAUGGCUUUGGCCACCUCCUUACUCUCAAUGGAAGAGAAGGCGGCUCGACCAUUCUUUCAGGACGUGAUAUCAUUGACUUCUGGGACAAAUUGUGUAAAACCCUCGCAGUCAGAAAGGUUAGUGUGAUGGAUGUAUCAAAAAAAUAUGGCAUGGAAUACCGACUUUUGCAUGCAAUUACCAAUAGCCAUUCUUGGUACAGCAACUGGGGAUAUGAGUUUGGUGCUGGGAGCUACGCUCUCACGUUAGAUGCCUACCGAAAAGCGGUUCAAACUCUUUCAAACACACCCAUAUCCUUGUUCUACUUCCAGGGUCGUCACCGUACAUCCCCAACUCAAUUGCAGGCACUAAUUACAUUCUACCAGUCCAUAUCAGAAGAAGAUUCUCCAUUUGUAUCGUUAAGGGACCUCUUCUCAUUCAUCUUAAAGCUGAUCCAUGAAAGUCAUAGGUCAACAACAACAAAGAAUGAAACACGUAAAAAGCCUAAGUACACUACAACUACAACAAACUUUCUGUGUGCUUGGACAAUGAAUGAUGUGGAAUCUGUAGAACAAGCAAUGAUCAAAGUGCUGCUAGCAGCUGCGGCAGCAAGUGACACCCCCAGCUGGGUCUCACGGCGUGCUCUCAAGGGUGCUCUGUGCAAGGUGACCUCACCAGAGCUCCUUAAUUACUGCCUCAAACACUUGGCCGGAAAGAUGGCACCCAAUGGUAUGGUGGUUAACUCCCGAUACAAUCCAACUUCUUCAGCUGUUGAGUUUAGGCUUGAUUAUGGUCCUUUAGAUGAUUCCAUGACACUGAAACUUCUGGUUGGAUCAAUGGGGUCAAUACGAGUUAGAGGCAAAUGCCUUGGAACACAUGGGCUUAGUCGUUUCCGAAUGGAGAGGGGAACGGAGAACUGGACGGUAGAUUGUAGAUGCGGGGCUAAGGAUGAUGAUGGAGAGCGGAUGUUGGCUUGUGAUACGUGUGGCAUCUGGCAGCACACUAGGUGUGCUGGAAUUGACUACUACGAUGCAAUCCCAGCUAAGUUCGUCUGCAUGAGAUGUUUAAACUCCUAUAGAGAGGCAUCUAAGGAUGCUCAGUUCGAUGAAGCUGCUAAAAUAUGCAUGUUGUACAGCAGGACAUGCAGAAAUGAAGCAGCAACAACUAAUAGCUCCAAGCUUGGGUCUAACUUGACUAUAACUUUUGGUGUUCCCUUAAUGUAGUAUUUCUUGUAAAUGUAAAUCUUGUUUACGUCUAACCGUUCCAAGGGUGGGUGUAUUUCAAGAGAAUUGCUAUUUGUAUCAACAAAUCUCCCUUCUCUCUUGCCACCAAAAUUAAUGUGAUCCAGCACAUAUUUUGUGCCCUUAAUUUAUUAUUAAACAACAAAAUUUUGGAAA